AUGAAGGUCUACAGAGCCGACACAGGAGAAGCCUACGAUGUCGGCAGCUCUCCCAACUCCACCGUGGCGUCGGUGAAAGCUGAGCUGGCGAGCCUGGCGGGAGUGGAGGCGGCCGAUCAGAUUCUGCUCUUCGACAGGUACAAGCUCGAUGACGCGAACACGCUCGCUGCCUACCACCUGCCCGCCGAGGACAAGCCGGUGUUCCUCUUCAAUCGGAAGCAGCUCAUGCCGGGAACGCCGGCGCCCAAAGAGACCGUACUCGGUCCGAUAGAGACCCGCGUGCCGCCCGAAACGGCUGCGCCCAACGCCACGGGCCUCGUGGGCACGCUCCUCAAGUACCAGCACCAGUUCCUCGGCCACCUUAACUUUGCCAAGGCCGUGCUCGUUGCUGUGGAUUCGCGGAUCGCCAUGUCGAGGCAUUGCUGCGCCGAGCAGGACAUGCAAGCCAAGGCGCUGGACGUGGCGGUGGCGCACCUGAACGAGCAGUACCGGCAAGUGCCGCCCAGCUUCGAGGCCUUCAACGAGUACUACCAACGACAGAAGAGCAAGCACGAGAAUCUCCUCGAAUCGUUUGAAACCGACCUCGCGAAGUUGCGGGAGAUGACGCUGCACCCGGCGCUGCGGAACGGAGGAAUGCAGACCCUCAUGGACGUGGUGUCCGAGGCCCGCCUGCGCAAGUGGGCGGAGGACUGCCAGAAGGGCAACGAGCAAUUGAGGUUGCGACUGGAGGAGGUGGAACAUCAAAUCGUGAGCACGCAGAGGGAAAUAGACUCGCUCGCCGCCGGGUUCGAGGUCAACCUCGAGGGGCUCAAGGAGGGACUCAAGAACACGGGACCCCUGCGGCAGGAGGUGGCGUCGACGAAGGCCUCCUUCUCGAAGGACUACAAGAGCGUGACCGCCACCAUCGAAGACCUCCACCGCGGCAAGGGCGAGGGCGGCUCUUGGGAGAUAUGCGAUGGCUUCGACAGCAUGAAGACCGUUCACCUCAAACAAUUGGACCGCCUCACCAAGAUCGACUUGGCCAGCGCAAAGGUGCUGACUGCUUGCGCCGAAUCCAAGCACGUGGCUAUUUUGGAGGCGCGCGUGCGGGACAUCAUCAACAAGUUCCUCGUCCUGCGCGAGGCCCUCACCCGACAGCAGCAAGCGUUUGCGCAGCUGUUCUACGUGCGGUACCUGCCGGAUGCCUACCAUGCGGCCCUGGACGAGGUCGUCCGUCGCAAGGCCUUCGGGAAGCAGCUCGCGGCCCUCUUUACCCAAUUCGCCCAGCGGCUCGCCAGGAUCCGCGACGACGAGAUCAAACAGAGAGACGCGUUCUUGACCAAGCACGGCCGCUACAUUCCUAAGAAUCUCAUCCCCGGACUGCCCGACGAGCUGCCCGACUUUGUGAGCGCCUUUGUAGGCAGGGCGUUCCCAGUGGCGCUGGACAGGAACCUGCCCGCCAUCGAGCCGCAAGUCGACUCGGCCCACGCGGCGCCGCCCCUGAUGAACCUCAACUCUGAGCUGGGCGUCUCUCCGCCCAAGUCGUCGCCCCCGACGGAGCUGUCUGGUCGACUGGGCGCACUCGAAGCCGAGAACGCGCGUCUGGUGGCCGAGAUCCAGGGCCUGAGGCGCGAACGCGAGCAGCAGAAGCAGAAGACGCCGAUGAAGACCCCGAGCCGGGAGCGAGAGCGCGAGGACGAGGCGGCGGCGAUGUACCGCUCGCCCUACUCGUCGCCCGCGGCGUCGUCGUCGUCGUCGUUGGCGUCGCCGUCGUCUUCGAUGACGGGCCUGAGCGGCGCCGAGCGUAAGCGGGUCGAGGAGUCGUACCAGCAGCGCAUCCUGAGCCUCGAGGAGAAGCUCACCGAGACCUAUCGCCAGGCCUCCCUGGCCGAACAGACGCGCGAGGCGGCCGAGAAGAAGGUGGCCGUCGCCGAGCGCGAGAUGCGGAUGAUGCGCGAGGCCCUGGCCCUCAUGGAGGGCAAGCUCAAGGACUGGGAGGCCGCCCGCAAGCCACCGGCCGCCGCACACGGAGCCGACGCCGGGUUCGGCGGAAGCGCCGAUGUGGGUUUCGGCGGAAACAACAGCAGCGGAAGCGUGGACGUGAGCGCGGAGCGGGCUGCGAUGAAGGCGCUGCGCGUCGAGUGCGAGGACCUGCGCGAGCGGCUGAACAAGCUGAGCGAGGAGAACCGGCUGCUGGUCAGCAACCUGCACGAGACCCACGAGACGCUCAUGGAGGAAAAGGGCCGACAGAAGCGGCGCGACGAGGAGCUCGAGGCCGCGGCGCACGACGGGGCCGAGCUGCGGGAGCGCGUGAGCGCGCUCGAGCGGCGCAAGAUCGCGCUCGAGGAGGAGCUCGAGGCUGCGAAGAGGAGCGGCGCCGACAGCGUGGAGGCGCACGAGCGCGCUCUGGAGGAGUGCAGGCGGCGCGAGGCGGCGCUGGAGGCCGACGUGCGCGAGGCCCUCGAGCGGCUCGACCUCACCGCGCGUGAGAGGGACGACCUUCGCACCCAAAUCGCUGCUCUGAAGGACGAGCUGGAGCGGGCACAGGCGGUGCUUGUGGAGCGAGAGAAGGCGGAGCGGGAGAUCGUGCAGAAGCUCGCGCAGGUCGAAGCCGAGAAGGAGGCCCUUCUGCAAGAACAGAAGGCGACGGCGCAGCUGACGGAGGAGCAGAGCCAGCAGCUCGCCAAAUCGCUCAGCAAGGCGCGAGCGGAACGAGAAGCGAGGAAGAAGGCCGCCAUGGAUGUGCUAGCGCAGUACGACAUGGAGAAGGGCAAAUCGCUUUCGGCCUCGACGGCCUUGGCCAUCGCCGACCUGGCGUCGCCCACCUCGUCGGCCACGUUCGGUCUGUCGGAGAGUCCCACCUCGUCCAGCACCUUCACCCCGGGCCGUUCCGGCAUUCCGAUGCGGCGAGAGCGAAGCGGGCCGCUGGGCGAUGAAAUCGGGCGGCAGGAGUUGCUGGCGGAGGCCAAUCGUGCGUCGCAGUUGGUCGAAGAGGAGCAGGCGUCGAUGGCCAAGAGCAUCAGCCAACUCGAAGAACGGACGCGUGUCCUCCAACAGACCCUCUCGAUGAGGGAGAAGGAGCUGGAGAGCAAGAUCGGCGAGCAGGUCGAGAAGGAGGCCGAAGUCACCCACCUGCGCGUGGCCCUCGAGGAGGAGAAGGAGCUGCUCCACAGAUCGCUGCUGGAGAAGGACCUCCAGGUUCAGGACAAGCAGCUGCAGAUCACUCGCCUCGAAGACUAUAUCCGGGCCAAGGAGGAAGAGAUCGCGAGGCUCACGCAGGCGCGCAACGAAGAGGGGGAGCUGCAGAUCGCUCGCCUCGAAGACUAUAUCCGGGCCAAGGAGGAAGAGAUCGUGAGGCUCACGCAGGCGCUCGACGAGGAGCGAGAGCAGCGCCAAGCCAUCGCUGAGCAGAAGGAGGCCCUGGAGGCGGAGAUGGCGGUGCGGCAGCACGACGGCAAGACCGAGGCAGAGGAGCUCAGCAAGACGCUUGCCGGACUCCACGGGCAGCUCGAUAUCAAGGACCGGAACAUCGCCACACUCCUCGAGAGCAACAAGGCCAAGGAGUUCCUUCUGGGCGAUCUGAACGACAGGUUGAAGGAAGUGACGAAGCAGAUGAACGAGCUCGAGGAGUCGCUGACGACGAACAAGAAGGAGCUCGAGGAUUUCCGCAACCUGGAGCAGACGCUGGAGCUCCUGCGCCAGGAGUCCGAGCAGACCAAGAAGGCCCUGGAGGAGAAGAUCGCCGAACUCACCGCCAGCAAGCAACGCAUGCUCGCCCUCAGCGACUUCAAGGUGGACGACCUCAUGUGCUUCGAGUUCGAUUCGUCCGCGGGGCGCUACGAGGCCUUCAACAGGGGCGCGCCGAACUACUUUCUCUCGGAGGAGUCGCGAGAGCUCUUUCGCGAGCAGCACAGGACGAGGAGGGACCACAUCAUCGGCCAGGUCGUGUUCAUUAUGGAAUUCGUAGCGAGAACCCCCUACAGGCUGCCGAUCAACACGCGCUUCUACGAGGUCACCAUCACCAAGAUCGAGACAGAGGCUGCGCAGCCCUGA